GGAUCGGGCCUGAGAAUGUGGACCUGUGAAUGGUCCAUACUAAGCCAGGGUGGCCUCGGGGGCCUGGGCCCUCUUUAUCAGGUAGCCUCUGCCCUUCCAGACCCUCAGCACGUUACCACCCGUGAACCUCAACUCCCAAGGCUUGGAGAAUGGAGAUCUGUGACCACCCCCUUUUUCAUCAUUAAAGAGUGGGUCCCCAGGUAUCCCCUGUACCAGCUGGGCGGCCCCCAACUCCGUGUGUUCCGAACCAACUUCUUCAUUCAGCUGGUGCGGCCUGGCACUGUGCAGCCCGAGGAUACUGUGCAAUUCCGGAUCCCCAUGGAGAUGACCAGGGUGGACCUCAGGAAUUAUCUUGAGCGCAUCUACAAUGUCCCGGUGGCUGCUGUACGGACCCGGGUGCAGCAUGGUUCCAACAGGAAGAGGGACCACAGAAACGUGAGGAUCAAGAAGCCGGACUACAAGGUGGCCUACGUGCAGCUGGCCCACGGGCAGACAUUCACCUUCCCCGAUCUGUUUCCUGAGAGAGAGCAGAGCCCUGCAGGAGGCCCUGUGGAGGAAGGGCCCAGCGGGUUUCCAGAGGCCCAGAAGCCGAGCAGCCACCCCCGGCAAGGCGGUAUCCCCAACUGGUUCAGCCUGUGAGCGAGCAGCGGUCAGGGACGACGGCCCAGACCCCAGUGGCUGGAGAAGUUCUGACAGCCCAAAUAAAAUUCCUGCUGUGAGGACAAAGAA